AUGAACUGGAUUGAUGGAGAUCUUCAUCGUUCGAAACGCGGCAGACUGAGAAAGGUUAACCCUGCUAAGCAACGCCAGAAGGAGUACUUUGCUCGCAUUAGAGCCCAAGCCGAAGAAAGGGAGGCUGCUAGAAACGACGGCAGGCGCUCGUCAUCUCGCCAAACAGUGAUACUUGCACAUCAACCAUCGCCUCAGCCGGGCCGAAGGGGAUCAUCCUCAGGGAUUCAGAACCAAUAUAGCCCAGGCCAUGAGGAAGCCAUCGAACAGCUUCGGUCAUUCUUCAAGGUCCCAGCUCGACAGGACAGUCACGGUUCAGCAACCCAUCAACCGCUUGAACAGCCGCCACGUAACCGGGGGUCUGAAACACUGCUUGCCAAGUAUGGGGAAGAGAAGCUCAAGGAGAUGAGGCUGAAGUUUCUCGCAGACCUGGGUCGAGAUCCAACGCCGGAUCCUUUGAAGCGCCGCCGACGACCCGAACCUCCUCCACGACCGGACCCUUGGCUGCAUGCACCAGUAGUACGACAUGGACCAGGUAAUGUGCCUUCGCAUGCCGAUACCCGAAAGCGCAAACUUGACCUGUCAGUACCGGCCAUUGGCGGUGAUGCAGUCAAGAUUCGAGUGGGAAGUCAACAGAAGAGACUUGGUGCUGAAGGUUCGGCCAUCAGCGGAUGGAACACUAUCAGAACAGCUAGCCAGGCGCGCACUGAGAAGACUUCGCAUCCCGCAAGACCAUCCUCGCAAUAUACCUAUAGAAACUCUAGCCGGUUGCGUCAGAGGAGUGGGCAUUCAUUAUCCAAGGCACCAUUAUCUUCGCAUGUGGAUAGAAAUGAGCGGAUCAGAGGAGAGUAUACUAUUCCUUUGGUUCCUGGCUCUAUUGAUCCAUCAUCAUCCUCAUCGCCUUUAGGUCGCCAUGAAUCCACCAGUACUGCCUUUGACCAUUCUACGAAGCAACCUAUCAGUCAUGGUUCAGAAGAUACCUCAGAGGCUCUUGAUCGAUACGAGCAGCUGUUGGCGAUGGCUCAAGGAACCCAGAAGUACGACGGUUAUUCAUAUUCGGCGAGCACCAUCGACAGUUUCGCAGAUAACAGCGGUCUGAAUACGCUCAGCAGCCCUGGAGAGAGGAACAUGUAUCGAGAUAAUCUUGAUAAACGCCAGGCAGACCGCCUCGAAGAUGGCAACGUUACGAAUAGUAGCUCCAGCUUGAAUCUCACCAGGAAGUUUGGGUACGAGAAUACAAGCAACAGCUGCUUCAGCAGUCUCGCGUCUGGCCAGAUCGAUAACCCCACAGUCGACGCUACCGAACUCUGGGGAUCCGGUAGCUAUCAUCAUGGCGGCGAAAACACAAUCACCACCCGGGACCCUCAAAAGCAUCAGCCCAUACUAAGUAGCAGCAUAUCGAGUGGCAACAUCGCAAACUCCUCCGGCAAUUCAUGGCCGAAAGAAUCACCAUCUCUGGAACGCUCUUGUGAGGUUCCACACCAACAGAUCACGACACAGACCCUGGAGGCUGACGAGGGAUGGCGGUCAUUUGUAUUCGGUGAUGAUGGUAGCACUAUCAUUGAGUCCAUGGCGUUCACCCAAGCAUCGCGGGAUGCCGCCCGAGCAUUGCAGCCAUCUAGGUCUUCAAGCUUGUCGUGUACCAAGGGGCCACCGGAGAUGGAAAUCAACAGUACUGCGGCAACAGGCUGUCCAUUGUACACAGCUGAUAUUGGCCAGCCGUCUGACUCUGUUGAGCCAUGGUCUUCAUCAGACGUCCCAAGCCUCAGGGCCAUUGCUAGCAGUAGCGUUAUUGAGUCGGAUGCGGGAAUUUCUGCAAGUCACAUAGACGACAACAGUCAAGGCACUCCCCAAUCACAGGAUGGGGGUUCCCAGAGCCAGUCCAUUCGUUGUGCAUCUAUCCUCAGUGAGGAGCCUGGCAGCAAUGUCCUUGAUGACCAGGGGUACAGACACUUAUCAGACGCCGAGCCUAACAACCAGAACACGACCAGUACGGAAUCUGUCAGCCAGGAGUCUCCCCGUGGGGAACCAGGUAGGGCUCAUACAUCGGGAUCUGCGGGUUACGUGGGGAGCAAUAGUUCGGGAUCGUUAUCCGCAUCUGUUGACCUGUGGUCUGCGGCGCCAGCUCUGGCACCCCCGCGGUCUGUGGGGGUCAAACAGUCAGGGGUCCAAAGAGUUGAAGACCAAACACGAUUUGCCCCACCAAAGCUCUUUAUGGGCAGCCGUUCACAGCUCCAGGAACGAAGCAAAGCGCCAGUAGUUGCCAGAGCUGCAACCAAGAGAAGAGGUGGGCCGAGGAAGCGAGCCGUUGAUGGCCGGGCUGAUAUUCGAAGCAUUCCGAAUUACUCCAGCGAUCCCAUCGAGGAUUUCGAGGAUCAACAGCCUACACAUACAUCGAUAUUUCCAGCCCUUGAACUUGCUUGA